GAAAACUAAAAUGGCGCAGGUCGUAAACGAAGUUUGCUUGAAAAUAGACAUAAAAACCCUCUAAGAUGAUCAAAUAAUUGUAUAGUGGAUAGUAUUUUCUACGAAUUAUUACUAUUAGAAGAAAAAAUGCCUCCAAAGAAAGGAAAAGGCAAGAAAUCGGGGAAGAAAGGUGGCAAGAAAAAGAAGAAGAGUGCCGCUGCCAAGGAGCCAAAAAUGACAACUGAAGAAGUGAUUCUCAAUUUUCAGAUAGAAGUCAAAGAGAGGGCAAUGGAAGAGAUGCUGUAUGAACUCAGAGUUUUAAAAGAUAAAAAUGAACGACUAAAAGAAAGGAAUAAACGACUCAAAGAGGAACAYCUCACUCACAUCAAGAAUCUCUUAAAAAGUGCAAAAGACAAAGAUAAAGAAGUAGAAAGUAUAGUCAAAGUCAACCAUGAACAGGUUGAAGAGGCACUGCUCAACAAGUUUGAGGUUAAAAGAACAGAAGAGAAAUCUGUUGAAGAAAAGGAGCUUGAAAUUAAAUCUAUAGAGGAAAAGAUUGAGGAUGUAAGAAGAGACAUAAAAAAGCGACUGGAAUAUAAGGAGUAUGGUCGUGUUGAGCAUGCAAAGCAAAUCCUACUUAUGAAACAAGAUUUGGAAGAAAUGGAAAUUUCCCAUUCUGAUAUUGCAGCUCACCUUGAAAGAAGUCUGAAGAUUGCUAAGGAAGAGAUAAGCUCUUACACUGAAAGUACACUGGCCAAACAGAAGGACAUUGCAUCAGAGAAAGCUACCAAUUCUUUGGACAAAUAUUCCAGAGCAGAAAUUCUUGAUAACAGAUGGCUAAAGAAAGAGGUGGCAAUUCAUAGAUCUGGACAUGAGGAUCUAGAAGGYACAGUUGAAGAUUUGGAAAAGAGAAACCUUGAUAUUAUGAGUGAACUUUUUGACUGCAAAAUUGAAGACUUAAAGUUCACAAGAAAGUUUUAUCUGGCUUGUGUGGAAGAUGAAUCUGACGAGGAGCAAGCCAGCGGUGAAGAAACCUUUGCUAUUGAUGGUGAGGUUGGUGACCAGACAGAGAAACCAGAUGACUUGCUGGACAACUUCUUUUUGCCAGGAGAAGACAAUUUUGAGGAUUCUCCAAGACUAGGCCCUAUGGAACUACAACUCUUGUCCAUCGUUGGGAUGUCAAAACCAAUUCAUAGAUAUGAUGACAGCAAUYAUACCAAAGUACAUGUAGGKGGGGUCACAGCAAGACCAGAAAACUAUGGCGACCCUAUGAAUUGGCCAAUCACAAACCAGAUGUUAUCYUCMGUUGUUUCUCAAUGAUUUUAGCAAAUUGAUUAUUUUUUAUUUAUUGUCAAAGAKGUUUUUCUCAUGCAUAGAUACGUGAGCAUUAUUGGGGUUAUUUUUGGCAAAGAAUCAUAUUACAUGUCAUUGAAACAAAUUUUGGCAAAGAAUGAUUAUUAUAUGACUAGCAUUGGUCUGAAUUGUAAACAYUUGUCAGUGUAUGUAUAAAGAAGUUUGGAUGCUUUAAGAUUGACUUGACCAAAGUAAAUCAUAUCAGAAAAGGAAAAUUAAAGGUCCUUUUUGUCAAGGAUGUUUCCCAU